AGGCAACGUCAGCGACAACAUCAACGACCUCUUCCUCUUCCUCGAUUGCGAAGUACGACGAUAGACGAACGAUUUACGAAUUUGAGUUGUGAGAGGGAUUUUUUCAAAGGAACGAGGUUAUUCGACGAUUGAGAGACAUCAUGUGGAUUAUCAACUGGUUCUACGACAUCCUGGCAUCCUUGGGCCUCCUCAACAAACAUGCCAAACUUUUGUUCCUCGGACUCGAUAAUGCUGGAAAGACUACCCUGUUGCACAUGUUGAAGAAUGAUCGAGUGGCCAUUCUCCAACCUACUUCUCACCCAACAUCCGAGGAACUAGCCAUUGGAAAUAACCGCUUCACCACUUUCGAUCUCGGUGGUCAUCGACAAGCCCGCCGCCUCUGGAAAGACUAUUUCCCCGAAGUAAACGGCAUCGUCUUCCUAGUCGAUGCUAAAGACCACGAACGCUUCCCCGAAUCCAAAGCCGAACUUGACGCCUUGCUUGCAAUGGAAGAACUCUCCAAAGUCCCCUUUGUCAUUCUCGGAAACAAGAUUGAUCACCCCGACGCUGUGAGUGAGGAUGAGUUGCGUCAUCAUAUGGGUUUGUGGCAGACGACGGGUAAAGGGAAGGUUCCCUUGGAAGGGAUUAGGCCUAUUGAGGUUUUUAUGUGUAGCGUUGUUAUGAGGCAGGGAUACGGAGAAGCUAUCAGAUGGCUUUCGCAAUAUGUGUAAUCCCCUUCUCGACUAUCACAUCUAACCAUUUUGUCGUGAUCUAGCACUAAGCUAUCCGUCAAAGCAAACCCUACAGCUACCUAAUCUAGAUAAACCCCCCAAACCUAUCCCAAUCGUGUCUUCUGCUUCGUCCUCCUGUCUUGAUACGUACUGUUCCCUUGUUCUUUUCUAUCGCUGUUUACAAUGUUAGUGUCGUUUUGGGAAGCGAAUCAUACAAUCAAAUACAAAUCAAAAUUAUUCAAGACUCAAGAGAAGAUUUCUGGUGGAUGGUAUGUAGAAGUACAUACCAGUCUCUUCAGUGUCAGGUUACAACGUACGAGCCGGUACCUGGUAGCUAAAUCGGAUUGAAUUUGAAGCAUCAUGACAUGGUAUUGCAUGCCAUAGAAAUCAGCCUAACCUAACCUAAGAGAUGAAAUCGAAAAGAAAAAAAAUAAAUAAAUAAACCAACACGCGCAAAAAAGAAAAAGAAAAAGGAAAAGAAAAUGCUAAAUCAGUCGAAAAGAAAAAACCAAGAGCUGAUCCCCAUUUCCUAUCCUAUCCUAUAUCCAUCAUGUCCAUAUCUUAUGCACUUGCAUCGAUCGCAUGACAUCACACAGAAAAACACACACUUGAGAGCAUAAAAAGAACCACACACACACAUACACUCAUCGCCGAGUAACUUGCGAAUUCAACAGAUUUCCUUUUCCUUUCAUCUUUUCUUCUUCCUUUUCUUCACCCACCAAACCCCUUCUCUUGUUCUCUCUUCUCAGUCCAAAUAACAACUAUUCGACUAUAUCAAAUGUUCAUGCGUGGUAGGAAUUCGUGUUUUCGUGGUCAAAACAUUUACCAUUAGUAUAGACCUGAUGCGAUCCGACUCAAGAAAAAAGGAGGGAGGCGAUUACGGGACCAGAUCGAUGGAUAGCGAGUAUAGUAAAACAAGAUGUAAUUAAUGAAUAGUCUGGUCGUUCGGUCGAAUCGAGAAUACACGAUCGUAAAGUCGAUUGUUGAGUCGGUCGGUCAAGGCGAAUCGCUAGGAUAAGGAAUCAAGGAAUUGGCGUGUUGAACCGAAGUUGUCAAUCUGCUGUUCUUAUU